AUGAGGUCAUGGAUACGAGUCAUCUUCACAGUUACAGUCGUAGGCGUCUCAGUGGGAAUCAUAGCAGUCUUUGUCACAUCUCAGACUCAAGCUGGAAUAGGCACACCGGGCGGCUACUGGUACCUGCUCUGGACUUCUCUCCCAGUCCUGACGAUGCUCGGCAUUUCUUUAUAUAUCAGCUCAUCCGACACAGCGUCAAGAAAUCUUUGGACCUUGCAUUUCCUUUCGAUAAAGUCAUCGUCGGUCCAACAGCUUCACUUCUCGAUAUUGGACAUGUCUGGGCCUCGUGCUAUGAUCACCGCUUUGCAGAUGAGAACCUGGUCGAUAUUAACGUCACAAACCUUAACUUUACUCUGUGCAUUCCUAACAGCUAUCGGGUCCAUUCUAUUUACAGUGGACUGGAACCUUGUGCCAAAAGACCUGCAGCUGCGACAGAAUAGUUGGUUUGCUGACAAGACCAUGGCACAGGGAGUCCCGAAGUAUGAUAGGAACGUAUGUAAUCUUCUUAUUGGGAAGGGAGAAGGGGAUUUUCCAUAUCCCAAAGGCACUUACGACAACUUCAUCUUUCCCGAUAUGACACUACCAACGAUUCCCAGCAAAAACGUCAGCUUUGAGGUUGAAGUGACGGCAGCAAGUCUGGAACCGCUUUGCACCAGAGUCGCAGACGAGACUGGCAACUUCCGGAUCAAAGAAGUGGAGCACUCUAAUGAAAGGGGCUCCUGGAUUAUCUAUUCUGCAGACAUACAUUUCGACAUCAUUAUGCUGAACGGAGCUGUAAUCAAGAUUAACGAAAGCGUAUUCGUUGGAGACAAUGAGACCACAGCGACAGAAAGAAUUUUCGCUUUGGGGGACAGGAUCUCAACAACCACACGACUUUAUCUUUGGGGCAGUUGGAAGCUGAAUUUUGAGGACAUAUCUUUUCUCCGAACCUGGCACUGCGGUUAUUCUUGGAAGAAAACAGUCAUGAAUGUCGACAUGACUGUGGUGGACAACGAGUUAGUGAUCGACCAGAGUCGCCCUCCUCGUCCAGUCGAGGGGACUACAGAGCCAUGGAACCCGCAAUUCAGCUUUACCAAUUACGGUUCACAACAAGAUUUCCGGCCUGACUCAAGCGAGGACAGAAAUCGGACUUUCGAUAUGGACAAGGAGAUGAUACUUGCGUUGAAGCCGUAUGGUCCUCUAGAGCUUGAAGCUCUGGGCAAUUCGUCACGAGAAGAUGAUGUCAAGGCGGUUGUCAAUCAGAACUGGGCCUUUUUACAUACCCAAGUUGCGAACAAAAAGAAUCGUCUAAGCCUCAACGAGUCGGCUAUCUCAGUCAACCUUCCUCCGGGAGGUCUACCACCCGUCAAAGCGAAACUCACCGACCACAGUAGAAGGCGACUUUUCCAGAAUCCAGUCGCAACCUACUUGAUAUUGGUGAUUCUGGGCUUGGUUAUCGCAGUCCAUAUUCUGAUGUUGGUGCCCAAGGCUGUCAAAAAUCGACUGGGCUGGGAAGCAGAGCUGCUCAGUAUGGACGUGGAAGGACUGGCCCCGGACGGAUUCAAUAGCAUUUCGCGAAUGGUCACUCUUCUGCACUCUUCGAACGCCAUACAAUACAUGCCGUCCCAAUCUCUCUCGCAAGAUGAGCUAUUCGAACAACUUGAGCAUCUGCGGUUUCGACUUGGUUGGUUUGAGAAGCAAGUCGACAAAACACGGCAUUUUACAAUUGGCGUGGAGGGCGAUGCGGGCUUUGUUUUCUUGGGUGCGCCAAGAGAGAUAGAAGUCGAACCAAAGCCAGCGUCACCUCGGCGUUAUUUCGGAUGGUUGAGCUGUGGUGAGAGAGCAUCCUGA